AAGCGUGGUUGUAGAGAGAGAAAGUGGAAGAAGAGGUGUAUCUUUCAUGACGAUUUAGUCGAUAAAGCUAACAAUUUCUUCAAAUCUGUUUGUUUCUCUCUUUCUUUCUUCCACUCCAUUAAAAGCUUCUUCUCCGGGGGUAUUGAUUCAUUCGCCGGAGGAAUUACAGAAAACAUGAUGCAGAUGUACCGGAGACCCAUAUUGGAGGAGUAUGAAAAGCUUGUUGUUCGUAUGAACACUCCAAGGGUCAUGAUUGACAAUGCUGGUUGUGUAAACGCAACUCGCAUCAUGAUUGAUAGUGCGAAGAAGGAUGGAAUUCUUCUGGAUGCAGUUCAAGUCCUCACAGAUCUGAACCUUUCCAUUAAAAAGGGUUAUGUUUCCUCUGAUGGAAGAUGGAACAUGGAUGUCUUUCAUGUCACGAAUUUGGAUGGCAGCAAACUAACAGAUGAUAGCAUUAUCAAUUGCAUUGAGCAGUCACUUGGAACCAUUCAUAGAACAAGAUCAAAGUCCAUUGAUGGAAUGACAGCACUGGAACUAACGGGUACGGACCGAGUUGGGCUUUUAUCGGAAGUUUUCGCGGUUUUGUCUGAUCUCAACUGUGAUGUGGUUGAGUCCAAAGUAUGGACACAUAACGGCCGAAUUGCAGCUCUCAUUUAUUUAAAAGAUUGUGAUUCUGGGUUCUCGAUUGAAGACUCUCAGAAAAUAGACAGAAUCGAAGCUCGAUUAAGAAACGUUUUGAAAGGGGAUAAUGAUAUAAGAAGCGCUAAAACUUCGGUUUCCGUAGCAGUCACUCACACAGAGAGACGGCUUCACCAGAUGAUGUUUGCAGAUCGUGAUUAUGAUCGAACUCCGAUUGCAAAAACACAACAUUCCCUUUUGGUUUCUGUUCAGAAUUGCUUGGAGAAAGAGUACUCUGUUGUCAACAUUCAGUGCAAAGAUCGACCAAAGCUUUUAUUCGACGUUGUAUGCACUUUGACAGAUAUGCAAUACGUCGUGUUCCAUGCCACCAUCGACACAACAGAAGACGGAGCUUAUCUGGAAUUCUUUAUCAGACAUAUAGAUGGAACCCCAAUUAGUUCAGAAGCCGAAAAGCAAAGGGUGAUUCUGUGUUUAAGAGGUGCCAUCGAAAGAAGAGCAUCCGAGGGUGUGAGGCUUGAACUAUUGAAACCCGAUAAACCAGGGCUGCUAGCGGAAGUAAUGCGGACUUUUAGAGAAAACGCGAUAAAUGUGAUGCAGGCGGAGAUAUCUACUAGCAUGGGUAUGGCGCUCAACGUUUUCUAUGUAACGGAUGCCGUUGGACAAGCGGUGGAUAUGAAGGUGAUAGAAUCGGUUCGUGAAAGAAUCGGGUCGGGUUACUUGAGAGUAAAGGAAGUAGCUGCAUAUGGAAAGGCAGGAAGUGAAGAAGAAAACAGAGGUAGUCUUGGAAGUGCAGUUUUGGUUUCACUUGGGAACUUAUUGAGGAGGAAUCUAUACAAUUUGGGGUUGAUCAAAUCAUAUUGUUGAAGUCAAAAAGGAAAAAGAUGGUGUGUGAAAGGGUUUUUGAUUGGAUUUGGGUUGG